GAAAAUUCUUUUAAUAGAAGCCGGAGACUUUUCUGAUGGAGGUUUGAUAAAUAUUCCUGCUUAUUUUGACUACCAUAUCAAAUCUAAAUACAACUGGGCUUAUACGUCAGUUCCUCAAAAAAACUCAUGUCUUGGCAGUAAGUUGAAAAAUCUUUGUUAGAAAGGGGGACAGCUGACCCCCAUUGCCCUCCCUGAAUACGCCACUGGUUCUUGUAUUAUUGUUGAGUUUCAUUGGUUGUGUAUUUGGAUUAUUUUUUUAUUUGAGAAUCGUUGAACUUGGAUAUACAUAUAUUUCAUUUUUAAGAAAUGGCUGGAAAUAAGUGUGUUUAUUUCAAGUGUGGACUAAGUAAGAGAUCCUACAAUUAAAAUGUGCCGAUUUCCUGUGAAUGUACCUACCAGAUGUCAAAAAUGGAUCAUACACUCGGGUAAUGCUGUUUUGACAAACCUAAGCCAAAAAUCACUAAGAACUAAGCUGAUCUGCAGCAAACAUUUCAAUGAAAAUAUUAGUCAAUCUAAAAGAUUGCCUACUACUGCUGUACGUGAAUCGGGAAAAUUUGGAUUAACAAAUAAUCCAAUUGAAUGUUUUCUUACACCCACAAACAUAUUCAAAUAGGGAUUUUAUUGCCCCGAUUCAUUUCAGAAACAUUGACAUGACAGAUAGUUCUAUCAGUAACCAUGAAGAUGAAGAGUGGUUGAAAGAGUUACAGAACCUUCCAUCUUGCUCUAUGGGAAUUGGAAUUAGGAAGCAGUAAUUGCAAGAAGAAAAUGAACGGUUGAGAAAGGAACUAACCAAUGCUAGGAAAAAAGUCUAUAACCUGAAUACUCAAUUGAGAGCUACAAAAAAUAGAAUUAUGAAAACGCAACUUUCUGCGAACGGUUUGUAUGAAGAAGGAACGAGUUUUACAAAAUCUCUUGUGGAUAUACAAUUACGACAUAAGAUGAAAUCCCCUUGGUUACUAUCAGAAAAGAAAACUGCCCUGUCAUUAUUUUAUAAAGGACCUAAGACAUACAGAUAUUUGCGACAAAAAGGCUUUACUUUGCCAGCAAUAUCAACAGUGAAAUCAUGGGCUGACAAUUUCCGUUGCAAACCUGGAUUCAUUAAAAAAAAAUUUAUGCACCUUACUUUAAAGGCGGAUACGAUGCUGCCUUACGAGAAGAAAUGUAUUCUGAUGUUCGACGAAAUGUCUUGAAUCUUGAGUACAACAUGAAAACAGAUUUAAUUGAGUUCUCAUGAUCAGAGGAAGCUAUAGCAACUGGAAAAUUCCUAUUGCCUACUUUGUAUCGAAUGAUGGGUUAUCAUAUGCUUCUUUAUGAUGUAUAAUUACCAAGGCAUUGGAAAAACUUAGUGAGACAAAACUAGACACUAUAGUCAUAGUAUGUGAUUUAUCAACUACCAAUCAGAAACUCAUAAAGCAUUCGGGGGUUAGCAAUAACCUAACUAACCUUAUUUUUUUCAUAGUGAGAAAAAAUUUUAUGCUUUUUUGAUGGUUCCCAUCUGUUGAAAUGCAUUAGAAACAAUUUUUUGAACAAUAGUUUCAUAUUUAAUGGGCAGUUCUUAUGUUUUUCUGACGUGCUUAUGUCAGUUUAUGAUCUUGAUCAAAGUAGCAAAACAGAAAAGGCCUUAUUGAAACUGAAUUUGAAAAUGAAGGUUAAAUUAGCUGCCCAAUUGUUGAGUCACAGUGUUUAUUCUGCCAUAAUGACAUCUUUGGAAACUGCUGAACUAGUACUAGUUUCAAGUACAGCUAAAAACACGGCUAACUUUGUUCUAACCAUGAACAAUUUAUUUGAUGCCCUGAAUAGUACAAAUUUACUUUCAACAAAACCCUGUAAUCGUGUUCUGAGCGAUACGAAUCCAAAAGUGCUUGCAGCUUUAAGCCCAGGAUAUGAUUUAUUGGAAAAUCUAUACAAAGUGGGAAAAAAGGGAAAUUUGACCAGACCUGAAAUCCAAGUCCAAGUAUUAGGUAAUCGAAACAAAUCCUGUUUGAUAAGUUCUGGAAAAGGAGUAGGAGGUGGAACUUUGAUUAAUGGAUUCAUCUAUUGUCGUGGUCCACGUGAGCAAUACAAUGAAUUGGCUAAAGUGAUCAAUGAUCCUUCUUGGAACUAUGAUAAUUUAUUACAGUAUUUUAAAAAAACUGAAUAUUUUGAAUGGACCAAUCGUGACAUACCGAUAAAUAUAUCAUAUCACGGGCAAGUUGGUUUAUUAACAGUUCAAGAUGGAAUAUUCGAUGAAAAAUACGCAACGCUAUUUUUCGAAGCAAACAAGGAACUAGGUUAUUCUCCAAUCGAUUACAAUGGUCCUGAUAUGAUUGGCUCUACUAUCAUUCAGAAAUUCACAAAGUUUGGUAAGAGGCAAGAUUUUGGAAACGUGUUUAUAAGUCCUUUUCUUGGAAGGUCUAGUUUAGAAGUUACUACAAGAAGUUAUGUCAUAAAAAUUGAGAUUAAUAACGUAACCAAGAUAGCAGAAAGUGUUUUGUUUACUAAGGAUGGAAAAAUUUACCGAGCGAAAGCUUCAAAGGAGAUUCUAUUAUCAGGCGGAACUAUAGCCAGUCCAAAAAUUCUCAUGCUUUCUGGGAUAGGACCAAAAAAUCAUUUAGAAGCUUUAGGCAUUGAUGUAAUUCAAAAUUUAGAAGUAGGAAAUAGAUAUAAGGAUCACGUUAUUGUACCAAUACCAUUGUCAACUGACCUUAAAUUACAAGAAAAACCUUUCCCUGUUAAAUUAGCACAAUUCUUACGGGGUUACGGUGAUCUAACAUCUCCGACUUGUUCUAAUAAUUUAGGCUUUUUUCAAAUAAAUAAAAAUAUCAGUAAGAUACCAGAUUUUGAAAUAUUUUCGUAUGUUGGUCAAAACUUAACAGCGACGAUGCAACCGGAAGUUCAACCUGUCAAAAACACGAAUAUUUUCUUUUCAUUAUUGUAUUUCGGUUCGAAAUCAACAGGAACUCUCCGAUUAAAAAGCAAUAAUCCCUACGAUUACCCAUUAAUAGACCCCAAUUUACUUUCUGACUCUAAUAACGAGGAUAUAGACGGAUUGUACCGCAGUUUAAAAUAUGUCUUCAAGCUCGUGGAUACUAAGCCGUACAAAAAAUAUAAUUUAAAGUUUUUAGAUGACCGUCCUCCGAAAUGUGCAGUUUAUCAAUACAAUUCCAAAGAUUACUGGCAAUGCUAUUUAAAACAAGGUAGUAUAAAUGGACUGCAUAUGACAGGUACAUGUGUUAUGGGUACUGAUCCAACAGAAGGGGCAGUAAUAGAUUCAAAUUUGAAAGUGUUUGGAAUAAAAAAUUUAAGGGUCGUCGAUUCCAGUAUUUUUCCUGAACCUAUAGUGGGACAUUCGACUAUUCCAUGUGCAACGGUAGCUGAAAAAAUUAGUGACGUGAUUAAAAUUGAUUAUGGACAAACUAUAGAUAAGCUGUAUUUCUAGACUAAAUAGUAUAAAAAAAUUCAA